AUGGACGACAAUCGCACCGAGGCCUCGUGCUCCGGGGCUCAGACUUCCACUCAACAGACCGUCUUCCAUCACUUCCAACCAUUCAGCAGUGGAACCCGCAACAAGUCACCACACCGUGAUCCUCAGUAUCUCGGUCGUAAGACCUUACCCAUCAAGCGCGGCGACGCAGAGCCCCUCACUCGCGAGGACCUCCAAUAUGACCUUCUCUACUACAUCUUCGCCGACCGCACUGUCGCCUUCGUUGACUACUUAGCGCCCGGGCAGCCUCUUGUUAAUUUUUGUGACCUCUAUGUGAACGCCCUUUACAACUCAAGCAAGUGCUCAAAAGUCCUUAAAGACAAGAUGGUCGAAACGCCGGCCUUUGCUAUCGAGUUCGCAAAAAUUGCCCUGCUGACCAACGUGGGCAGAAUCAACACCACCAUGGCAUUCUUUCCGGAGAUGAAGACCGCCUUGCGAAGCUACCAUCCCGUGCCUUCUCUACAGAAGACGGACGGUAACUUACAGGAUGCCCCUCGUAUCAAAAAUUGUCUGAAGGCCGCGUUGCUCCCGUUUGAGUUCAAGGUCCCCCCUCCUUCUUCUCCUGCAGAGAUACUGGAUAAGGCGAGAGCUAGUCAAAUCCCUCCUACCAGUGUGGUCAAUCUGAUCUUUGUCCUGUCGAACUCGAACCAUGCACAGACCGUGGCGAACGCUCAUUUCGAUGCACCUAUCGAGUUUCUCGACCUCUUUCUACCCGUCAACUUGUCAUCUGCCUCCCGCGCCAAUGCCUUCCUGUGGCUGAUGUUCUACUACCUGCAAGGGCCCGGCAAGCCAAACCCGUUUGACGACGAUUAUUCCCGUGUGAAUCCUGGCAAGGCCCCUCGCAUGCAAAACCUCACCCGAGAGCAAAUGGCACAAGAGAAUGUCGACCCCGUGGAGGAGGUCGAGUGGGGAAAGCGGAUGAGUGCACACAGGAGCAAAUUCUUGAAGGAACUGGUGGACGAGAUGGAGAUGGAGAAGAGGCGUAAAGAUAACCCCUUGCCCCCCCCUCCUCCCCCGACGGCAUCAACGUCGACGUUUUCAGCUCACGACCUGGCCGCGAUUCGACGGCCCCGAGCGCAACGUCACCCUCCAUCUGACGGCAGCCGAGGAUCGUCCCUCUCUCGAGAUUAUCCUGUGCAUGCCCAUACGUUGCAUGCGCCCACUCCUCGGCCUCCUCGUAUGCCAACGUCACGAAACGCUACUCCUGGUGACGGCCAACCUCAAGAGCGCACGAUGCUAGAACACGCUUGGCAUGUCGUGACAUCAACCGACCCCUUGGAAGAUUCCGACGAGGAAGCAGACGACCAUGUGCGACUUGACUACAAUCGUAGACUACGCGUCUUGUCGCGCUUGAGAGGGAAGGAACCCACCCCUCCGCCCCCGGGAUUCGAUCCGGCUCCAGGCGGCAGCGCCGAUGGUGGGCCAUCGGACGCGGGCACGGGGCGAUUGCAGCAGGUGCAGUCGUGGCGAUGA